AAUACCAGCCUUCACAUUACAUUUGCUCUGUUUGCUUUUACCUUAAAAGCUAGAGAGAGACAAGGUCAAGAGAUGACAAAAAUAGGUGGCAAAGUGUGUAGCAUUGACAAGAAUAUGAGAGGAGGAAGGCAAAUUAAGUGAGAAAAGAUUUGCUGGACGAGAACAAAUGAGCAAAUCACUGGAACAAGAACUCUGCAUGGGGAAAAGAACCAUAUGUAGUGAAGAGGAUGACUCAGUUCUAAAUGACUGGCAAAAUAGCAGAGAAACGUCAUUGUCAUUUUUGAAAAGAUUCCGUGAAAGACUUGUAGAAGAACUUGAAAGAUCUAUUGAUUGCAUUGUGGAACAUGCUUUACAAAAACAAUUGAUCUCAAAAGAUGAUUAUGAAGAUGUGGUGUAUGAACGUGGGCCCAGAAAACAAGUGAGAAAAUUAUUAGACAUCAUUGAUUGUCUGGGAGAAGAAAGUGCAUCUGGGUUUUGCUCGCUAUUCAUUCAAAUUAAGAACACAAAAUCAAAAAAUCAUGCAGCUAAAGAGAAUGUGAAUGAAUACUUAAAGCUAAUUGAGAAACAUAAAAAUGUUCUUCUUCGUCGGAAUGAUUGUUUGAAGUAUUAUAAUUGCAGACAUGGAGAAAAAUUCUAUUUUUCAGAUCAUUUUGUAAAUCUUCUCCUUGUUAAUGGACAUUACAGCCUUGAAAUUAAGAAAAAUGAAUUGCUGACAUUUGGUCAGCAACGCAUACAUCUUCAGAAUAAAAAAGGAGAAAAGUUUGACAUCAACAUUAAACAGCUGUUCCAAAAGCUCAGUGAUAGACGAGUUCCUAAGAAAAUUCUUGUGAGUGGCGUUGCUGGAAUUGGGAAAACAGUCUUUGUCCAAAAAAUCCUUUAUGAUUUUGCCAAAACAAAAGCAUUUGACAACUUUGAAUUUGCUAUAAAUUUUACGUUCAGAGACCUCAAUUUAAUAAGUAAGAGGACUACACUAAGAGAAAUCAUUCUUAAAAAAAAUGGACAUUUAUCUCAAAGAUUGGAUGACAUUUUUCAAAACAGUGAAAAGCUUCUCCUUAUUUUAGAUGGUUUUGAUGAAUUUAAAUUCUACAACCAGAUAGAUUUAGACGACUAUGUGUUUGAGCCAGAUGAAGAAGCAGAGUUAUGUCAAAUAGUGGGCAGCUUAAUUAAGGGUGAACUCCUGCCGGAAGCCACCAUUUUAGUAACCAGCAGACCUACAGUGAUUAACCAUAUCCCAGUUGAUUGCAUUGAGCGCUUUGUUGUAAUUACAGGAUUCUCUGUCACUGAGAUAGAAGACUAUUUCCAAAAGUUUUAUGGGAAAAUUACAACAGGAAGUGAAACAUUUAGGUUUGUUAAGGAGAACCAUUUCCUAUUCACUUUAUGCUACAUCCCUGCUUUUUGUUGGAUUGUUUGCAGUGUUCUUAAAGAAAAUUCUACUUAUCAUAUUGGCCAGCCAAAAACAAUGACUGAUAUAUAUUGCCAUUACCUUGUAGUUCUACUAAAAUAUCACACACAUCAAGCAGUUAGCAUUGAUAAUGAUUCUGAAGAUUCCUCCACACUUAAAGCGAUUAUUGGCUUGGGCCAACUUGCAUACCAAUCACUUUUACAACAUGAAACUCUCUUUUAUGAGCAUGACCUGGAAAUGUACCACAAACUGCCAAGCAAUAUUAUAAACAGUUUUCUUGAUAAGAUGUGUGUCCAGGAACUGGAAUAUACAGAACACAUUCUUUCAUUUACCCAUUUUACCAUUCAGGAAUUUUUUGCAGCUUUCUAUUAUGCACAUGAAGCAAAUUUAGUGGAUGAUAUUAUGGAUUUGGAAGUCCAGAGGAGAUUGGACAUUGGUUCUGGAUACUUGGAUUUAUUUCAGAGGUUCCUUUCAGGAUUACUUUCAGCCAGAAACCAGAAUAUAUUAUUGAAACACUUGAAACUGAGUGAAAGUCAGAAAACAGAAAGUUAUAUAUCAUGGUUGAUUAAAUCCAUUAUUAAUCACUGUGAAAAUGGGUCCUAUAUUCUUAACCUGCUGCACUGUUUCUUUGAACAGCAGAGGGAUUGUUUGGCAAAUGGAAUAAUCCCAUCAGUAUUACGUCUUAACCUGAGCGACAAUAUUUUCUCACCAAUAGACUGUGAUGUGCUAAUCUACUUCUUAAGUCUUGUUCACCUAGAAAUUGAUGAGCUUGACCUGACAGCGACGCAUGUAAAUGCUGAAUACCUAAAGCAGCUUGAACCCUAUAUUCUUCACUGCAGACGAUUAUGGCUUGGUGAAAAUAAUUUGGAUAUAGAAGCAAUUAGGAUCAUCUCCAAUCUACUAUCAACUCCAGACACCAAGAUUGAGCAACUGGGACUUGGAUGGGCAGAAAUAGAAGAUGAAGGAUUUUUAGAACUUUAUAAAUCUCUGAAAAUCAAUCAAAGUCUGAAAGGUUUAUGGCUUGAAGGAAAUAAUAUUAGUUAUGAAGCUGUUGAACAGUUUUCAGACAUAACUGAGUUUAAUUCAACUCUACAAUAUGCUGUACUACUUGGAAACAACUUACAAGAAGAUGCUUUUCAAUUACUUAGGAAAAAAAGAAUGAGGAACAUUAUAGUUGUUCAUAUUGAUGAUGACUAUGGCCAAGAAUUUUGGCAGGGAUGGUGGGACUGGAUAUUCCAGAGGUGUCAACUGUGCGGUGACGAGAAAAUUGUCUCCUUCCUGACAAAAGUGUGCAUCGGACUUGGUCUUUGCCAAGGAAGAAAUGCUGAUUGGAUGGCUAGUUGGUAUAUUGAAGUAGAUAACCUUCUCCAGGAAAGGAUAAAACAAUGCUUAGUGGUCAAUGUAAAAAAAAGAUUAGAGGCACUUCGACAGAUGUUUUGUGAACAGUCAGUACACAAAGGUGGUGCAAAUGUAUAAGAGAAUUGCUAAAUUAUCUGUAUGCCAAAGGGACUACUAGUUUUUUAGGAACUGCAUGAGAUUGAUGGAUCAUGAAUCUGAACAGAAGAACAUAAAACACUGUAUUUAUGUAAUUGUUUUUGUGUAUUUAUACAUUCAUUAAGCUAUCACUAUGCUGAAUACUUCAUUAGCUAUCAUAGACCUAACAGCUGGGUAACACUGAUGUCACAGUCCUAUUGGUCGAUUCAGUAGUGAGAAACGAGGUGUAUUUAUUAUUUUGUUAAAUUUUGCAUUUGUAUUUGUUUAUGGAAAAGGAGUUUUUUCAAUCCUUAAAUGGACAGUGCACUAUAAUAUUGUUUUCCCUUGUGUGUUCCCAGUGAUCUAUUUUACCUGCUGCAGUGUAGUAAAUUGUUUACAAUUAGCUCCUUUACCUUUAUGUUGUCAUUUCAAACAGCUGCUUUUGUCUAUUAAAACACCACCUAUACUGACAAUUCCAAUGCUGUAUUACUAUAAAAUGACUAUAGAAAAGCUUUAUUACAAGAGACAGCUGAAAAAAAUUACACUCCCCUUGGUGUUGAGAGAGUUUAUUUGUUUAUUUGUUUAGUAUUGUUUAUUUUGGCUUUUGUGUAUAGAUAGCAAGAAAAAGAAGGUCUGCUAUCCCUGCAAGCAAAGCUUAUUUUAGUGUGUUUGGUUCCAAUGAGCAAAAAACAUUGUUUCAUAAACAAAAACAAACCCAAAAAAGUAAUUUCACAUACAUGAUAUACUCUGCAGCUGGUAUAGCAAGCCAUUGGAAACACAUUAAAGGGACAGUCUAGACCCAAAACUUAUUCUUUAUUACUUAUUGUUACAUACCAGAUAAGGAUUUUGCAACGGGUUCCCCAUCUAUAAGCUUGUAGGAAGUACAUGAAGCUUUUAAAUAAACAUCAUUUGUUAGCAGCCAAGCUUCGUCCACAGCUUUCUUCUUGUCCAGUUAGCUGUUUUCUUGUAUGACAGUUUACCAGCGCACGUUUAAUAUUUUUCAGUUAGCUAUUUCAAAUUGCACAUGCACAAAUCAGCAUGUACAAGUAGAAAAACAUAUUUAAGAGUCUUUUGUGAUUGGAGAAACUUAACAUGCCAAAAUAUACACAAAAUAAGUGGGCAGAGCUUGACAGCUAUUUUCGGCUUCUAACAAGCAAUGAAUAUUUUAAAGGUUUCAUGUACUUCUUGCAAGCUUAGAGAUGUGGGGCCAGUUGCAAAAAGUUUUUCUGGUAUGUAACAAUAAGUAAUCAAAAUGAUGUCGUAGGUCUAGACUGUCCCUUUAAGGGGAAACCAGUUUUAUGGUCCCUUAAAUGUUUAAAUUGCAUCGUAAACCUAGAAAAUGUAUAAAGUGUAAAUAUCAAAACAUGCAUUGCACUAUUUAUAUUUAUAAUUUAUGAACAUUUAGGAUAGCAUUACGGAACAUAUUUUACAUAAUGUCAGUUGUGAUGUGGCUCUUGUAAUUUCCUAGCAUUAGAUUAUUGGCAUUUUAAAGGUGUAUGUAGAAAUGAGUAUGGGAUAUUUGAAGCCCACCCCCUCUAAAGUGACCGAGAGGUAAGGAGGCAUUGGUCAAAAGAUUGCUUAAUUUAUGGUUGUAGACUCUCAUUAGUAAGCCUGCACCCCAAGGGCUCCAAAGCUGUGUCUAAAGUUUGUGCACUUAUUAAUACAUUUUUAAGAGAGAUGAACAUUUCGUUUUGGAAACAUUCAUUGCCUGCACUAUUCGGUUUUCGUUUAGUUUAAAAUGAAACGAAAAUAGAAUUUUCGCUAAACACUUACAUUCGAUUUUGUUAAAACAAAUGCAAAUGUUUGAAAGCUACAGGUGAAAAGUUCACCUGUAGCUACAAUACUUACCGUAAUGUGCUAUGGAGAGCAUGGAGAGCACGUCGGUAAGUAUUAAGUGGUUAAAAAAAAUAAAGGAAAUUAAUAAAUACUAAUGAUUUUCAUCAGUAUUUAUUAGUUUUCUUUAUCUUCGUUGGGCAAUUUAUUUGGAUAUUAAUUUUGUUAAAACGAAAUUAAAAAUAAAAUUUUUGUGACGAAUGUGCAUGUCGUGCGAUAAUGAAUGCACAUCUCUAAUUUUUAAUAUAUUUAUACUUCUGAAUCAGCAAUGGAAGAAACUGAUUACAUUUUUUUUUUUAUAUCAAAGCCUUACUGAAAAAGAACAUAAAUGUAUUUGUGGGAGUGAAAGUCCAAUGAAAUUUAGACGUGUUAAAGCCAAUCUAAAGUUGAGAAACAUUUAUUAAGCUCUGACGAUUAAAAAAAAAAAAAUAGUUUGCAAAAGAUAAUUAUCAUUGCUUGAAUGUCUGAGGGUAACCUAAAACAAAGGUUGUACCUCGGUAUAAAAACAUGUAUUAUGAAAAGAGAUAUAAUACAUCACAGGUACAUUUAGAGACUUCACAAACAAGAUAGUAACAUGCUGUGGUAUUUCUAGUUACAUUUAGAGGAUAGCAUGUGGUCAUAAAAUAACGUUUUUGUUUGAUAUAAGCUGUUUUUUUUUUAAUUCUCAAAUGUUAAUAAGUGUCUGGUUUCCUGAUGUA